AUGAGCAGGCAGCAGCCGGUCGCCCGCUGGUGCCUCAUCAAGGACUUCGAGGCGCGGCCCUCGGUGUGCCACCUGCUGGAGCACCCGUUCAUCAAGCAGGCCCAGGGGAAGGACACGGCGCUGGGGGCGCAGCUGGCGGCGCUGAUCCUGGACCAGCAGGAGCAGGGCUGCAAGACCAAGACCAAGCAUGAGAGGAUCAACACCCGCAAAACGCUGAUCAUAGAGAGCGCCCCCGACGACGACCUGGUCAACCUGGAGUACCUGGACGAGGAGACCAUCAUCAGCCACCUGCAGCGGCGGUACAACGAGCUGCAGAUCUACACCUACGUCGGGGACAUCCUCAUCGCCAUCAACCCCUUCCAGGCCCUCAGCAUCUACUCACCCCAGUUCUCCAAGCUGUACCACGGGGUGAAGCGCGUGGACAACCCCCCGCACAUCUUCGCCGCUGCCGACGCAGCCUACCAGGGAAUGGUAACCUUCUGCAAGGACCAGUGCAUCAUCAUCAGUGGGGAGAGUGGAGCCGGGAAGACGGAGAGCGCUCACUUAAUCGUUCAGCACCUCACCUUCCUGGGGAAGGCCAACAACCGGACCCUCCGGGAGAAGAUCCUGCAGGUGAACCCCCUGGUGGAGGCCUUCGGGAACGCCUGCACCGCCAUCAACGACAACUCCAGCCGCUUCGGGAAGUACCUGGAGAUGAAGUUCACGCCCACCGGCGCCGUCAUGGGUGCCAAGAUCUCCGAGUACCUCCUGGAGAAGUCCCGGGUCAUCAAGCAGGCCGCGGGGGAGAAGAAUUUCCACAUCUUCUAUUACUUCUACGCGGGCCUGUACCACCAAGACAAACUGAAGAAUUACCGGUUACCGGACAAGACGCCUCCCAGAUACAUUAACAGUCAGCACUGCAAGGUGAUGCACGACAUCGUGACCAGCAAACUGUACAAGGAGCAGUUCGACGAGAUCCAGGACUGCUUCCGAAUCAUCGGCUUCACCGAGGAGGAGGUCACCUCUGUGUACAGAAUCCUGUCCGCCAUUUUGAUCACCGGGAACAUUGAAUUUGCCGCCAUCACCUCCCAGCACCAGACGGACAAGAGCGAGGUUCCCAACUCGGAGGCCCUUGAGAACGCGGCCUCCCUACUGAGCAUCGGCCACGAGGAGCUGCAGGAGGCGCUGACCUCCCACUGCGUGGUGACGCGUGGGGAGACCAUCAUCCGCACCAACACGGUGGACAAGGCCACGGACGUGAGGGACGCCAUGUCCAAGGCGCUGUACGGACGCCUCUUCAGCUGGAUCGUCAACCGCAUCAACGCCCUGCUGCAGCCCGACAUGAACAUCUGUGCUGCGGAGAGCGGAAUGAACGUGGGAAUCCUGGACAUCUUCGGCUUCGAGAACUUCAAGAGGAACUCCUUCGAGCAGCUGUGCAUCAACAUCGCUAACGAGCAGAUCCAGUUCUACUUUAAUCAGCACAUCUUCGCUCUGGAACAGAUGGAGUACCAGAGUGAGGGCGUGGACGCAAGCCUGGUGGAGUACGAAGACAACCGGCCCAUCCUGGACAUGUUCCUCCAGAAGCCCAUGGGCCUGCUGUCACUGCUGGACGAGGAGAGCCGAUUCCCCCAGGCCACGGACCAGACCCUCGUGGAUAAAUUUGAGGACAACUUACGCUACAAGUAUUUCUGGAGGCCAAAACGUGUGGAGCUGUGCUUUGGAAUUCAGCAUUAUGCAGGGAAGGUGUUCUACAGAAUCAUCUUCUUCCUGGUUCUGUGUCGCCAGGUGUUGUACAGUGUCGCCGGCUUCUUGGAGAAGAACCGAGACACGCUGCCUGCGGACAUCGUCCUGGUGCUGCGAACCUCGGAGAACAAGCUCCUCCAGCAGCUCUUCUCCAGCCCGCUCACCAAGACGGCUGAUGUGUGGUCACGAUAUUACUACCUCGCCUUCCGCGCCCACCAGAUGCCCGCGUGCAGCGAGGAGAACGUCGUGGCCAUCCUGAAGCGGGCCAAGCUGGAGCACUGGGUCCUGGGACGGACCAAGGUGUUCCUGAAGUACUUCCACGUGGAGCAGCUGAACCUGCUCCUGCGGGGGGUGCUGGCCCGGGUGGUGGUGAUGCAGGCCUACACCCGGGGCUGGCUGGGGGCGCGGCGCUACCGCAAGGUCAAGCAGAGGCGGAGCCACGGCGCCCUGGUCAUCCAAUCAGCAUGGCGGGGGUACCUAGCCCGGCAGAGCCUGAAGCAGAUGAAGGGGGAGCGGGAACGCGCGGCGGUGCGCAUUCAGUCAGUUUACAGAGGCCAUCGUGUGCGCCGCGACCACGAGCUCCGAAGACACAGCGCCCCCCCCGAGGCUGCUGGGAAGGCCGCCGAAGAGGAGCAUUCUGGGAUCAACGGACACACGGGCAGACGGCAGCACUCGCCCGACCGCGUGGGAGAGCCGGGGCCCGGCGGCCCAGACAGAAGAGUGACAGACGGGUGGACAGACAAAGGCCGGGUGGAGGGCUGCGUGGCGGGGCCUCGACGGGAGCCAGCCGGGCCGAGAGACACCCAGUGUACACAAGGGCCGGCGACGCGGCUGCAGCAGAGAGUGCCACGCCGGCGGGCCCACCAGCCCAAGCUUCUGCACAGCCCCGAGGACAGCCUGUACUACAACCAGCUCAACAGGGUGUUGGAACACCAGGGGAGCAAGAGGAAACCCAGGAAACUCGGUCAGAUCAAAGUCCUGGACGGGGAGGACGAGUACUACAAGCUCCUGGCCAGCGUGGACUCCAUCCAAGGGGAGGGGCUCUACGGGCCCGGGACCCCCCACACCCUGUUCUGAGCCCCCCUGGGGGGCCCGCAGCCCAGCCUUACUCUCCCUGAGAACCGAUGGCCUUCGUCCACACUUCACCGGACCUAAAGAUUGCAUAAUCACGCGAUUUGUGAUUUUGUAAAUUAUAUUUAUUUUAUAGAAAUCGCUUUUUUAUUUUAUAAUUUCUUUCGUCAAUGGUUGUUGUUCUUUGGGUUACGUUUUGUUUUUGGUUCAUCGCUUGAUAUUUUAUAAAAAGAUUAAGAAAAAACCUUCCUGUUGCUGCUUCUACUUCCAGUAGUUCUUCGAGAUUCCAGGGAAAAUCGUAAUAAACCCAUCAAAACUUUAACAUAACGUCUUACAACUUAAAGGUUGCGGUGUACCCAAUGUAAAUAUUUAUAGUAAAGUUCUGAGAUCUGCGACGUCAAAGACUUUCUGUUGCACAUGUAUGUUAAUACAUGAGGAAACAUGUAUGUUAAUAUUGUGAAGAUAUGGAAACGUACGCACACAUGUUUCCAUAUACAGUAAUAUAUCCCCAGACUUUCUAUUAGUCAUACGUUAUCCGUGAACAUCACAAGACCCAACGAUAUCUCCCCAUGAAAUUGUGUGUCCUUAUCUUUAAAGAUGAUUGGGAUGAUCUUUGGAUCACAUGUAUUUAUUCACUGGCCGGGUGUUCGCUGCUAGCUUUGACUGUUUGAAGUUUUAACCAAGAACUCACACAGCAGCGACAAACUUUGCUGUCUGACCUCCUUCAGCUUCUGCCGCUUCUUUGGGAUAAUCUCGGUCAGAAAAGAGACUCUCAAACCAAGUUACAAUUGAUUUUGUCGUGUACGGUAUUUAUGGGUCCUCCUGGAUGUGUCAAAAUAACAGUGUACCCCUGAAGAAAUGCUGUGUAUAACAUUAGCGCCAUUGUGACGGUUGUUUCAUGGGUAUAAAUCUCAAUCUGUAAUUCAAUCCCAUGAGCUUGGGCAGGGAGCACACACGCAGGGGGAGGAUGAGAAACCAUCGACAGACGUAGAAAUGUUUGUUGUAAAAUAAUAAGAUCAAACAAAAGACCUGUAAAGUCUCUGACAAUGUGCUUUAUAUAACAUUAAGGUUUGCAUCCCAAUGAGCAUGUGUCCUGUUUGGUUGGAGAGUUAUGGCGCGGCCAUGUUUUUACGGGCCUUCAGGGCCGCCCGUGUCAUCUGUUGAUAAAUAAGUGUGAUUUGAUUUGUUUUCUCACUGAGAGUCAAGGACUUCGGUUUUUUGUUUGCCUUUGAAACUGAAACUUUUUGCCUGUUCACCGUUUGUAUCGCGAUGUCAAUGUGUAUGUUGUUACGAAUCACCUUUUAAUUACUUGUUUUUAUUAAAGAGAGAUGAACAAACUGAAUCCAAAACACAAUGUUUUAAAGGGUUUAAAAACAAUUGUGUUAUAGUAAACUUCCACAAAACCACAAAACAGAUCAGAAGAUGAUAUCUAUGUUUAAGUAAAACACUGAAGCGCACAGCAAUUGUAAUAAAUACACCAUUAAUAGCACUGCCCACUUGUGUUGUCAUGUUUG